CUUUGCAAGCAACCGGAGAGAGAAUCUAGAGAGAGAAAACAAGAGAACAGAGGAGAGAGAGUGAGGUGGAUGGAGCCCGCCGUGAAUGUAUCUACGCAAAUUUCAUUGAAUAUAUAAUCCUAUAUAUAUAUAUAUCGUAGUCUAUUGUAGCUGACAAGCAACCCCUUUUAAUGUUAAUCAUAGCUAUAGAGACUUCUCAAUACUUUUGUUUGCUUACAUCGAUUUCAAUCCAGUGUUCUAAAAUUGAAGCGAGAAUUCGAGUGAUUGAUAGUAUCUUCUCUUCGAAUCUUCGAAACGUUAGGGUUUCAGUUGAACAGGAAGAAGUUUAGGAAGAGAGAGAGAGUGAGGAUUUGAGUGAUUGAUAGUGUAAUCUCGUGAAAUGUUGAUUCAGUGUUUUCUAGCGUCUUCAAAUAUUCAAUCCGAGUGAGAAAUAAGGUUCUAGAGAGAGAGAGAGGAGUAGAAUUCGUUUCAGCACUUCGUUUAAAUUGUCCCCUUUUCGUCAAAUAUUCAGAGAAUUGGGGGUUUUCUGGUGUUUGAGUAAGUUUAUUAUAUAUAUAUAUAUGCAGAUACAGACAGAAUUGGAAUUGAGUAGCUGAAGGAAUUGAUAAUUUUCUAUGGCUGUGGUGAGUCCCAUGCCUGCGAUUCCACAACAAAUAAAUCCGAUUAGGUAUCCUAAUAUUGAAAUCUCAAGAAUGAUGGCUAGUAGAAAUGAAAUUGUGGAAGAAGCACCUGUGAGAAUGAUUGAAGAUAGGAUAUAUGUUACGGUGGGGAAGGAGGUUAAAGAGAGUAAAUAUACUUUGUCAUGGGCACUGCAUAACUCAGGAGGAAGGAAGGUCUGCAUCCUUCAUGUUCACCAGCCAGCGCAGAUGAUUCCAAUGAUGGGCACAAAAUUUCCAGUGAGCCGACUGGAACACCAUCAAGUCAGGUCAUACCGAGAAACUGAAAGGGAGAAUAUGCAAAAGCUUCUGAAUGAAUACAGUAUCAUGUGUGAACAAGCAGGGGUGCGGGCAGAGAUACUGCACAUUGAAAUGGAUUCUAUUGAGAAGGGCAUUGUGGAACUCAUAUCCAAACAUUGCAUCAGAAGGCUAGUUAUGGGAGCAGCAGCAUACUCACGCUAUUCUAAGAAAAUGACAGAGCUGAAGUCCAAAAAGGCCAUCUAUGUACGCUUACAGGCUCCUGUUUCUUGUCACAUAUGGUUUAUCUGCAAAGGGAACUUAGUCCACACGAGGCAAGGUAGACUAGAAGUAGCAUCUCCAUCACUGCAUGCAACUCCAAUCACUGAAACUGGACAAUCUAGUUCCUUGCAAUCCCCGUCUGUUAUAGAGCGGCAGAAGGAUCAAUUAGGUCCAGAUUAUCGCAGAGUUAGUUCUGAUGUUCAUGGGAUGAAAAGUUUAACAUUAGGUCCAGAUUAUCGCAGAGUUAGUUCUGAUGUUCAUGGGAUGAAAGGUUUAACAUUCUCUUCCUCAGAUAGCACUGGAGGGGUAUCUCCUCACAGUAGGUUAAAUGCAGAAGGGAGCUCUGACGAAUCAGAUGGAAUAUCAAGGAGAAGUCCUUCUCUGGGUUCACGUUUUUCAUCAUGUUCUUCCAGUGAAGUGGUGAACGAUUUAUCCUCAUUUGGGAGAACUGAGGGCAGUGAAAAUGAGUUAGAGUUACGUGCACUGCCUCAUUUGGAGGAGGAUCAAAGACAUUCAUCUUCUCCCUCUGUACUACAGGCAGGAAUUCUGGAUGGUGAAUUCUAUGAUCAGCUGGAACAAACCAUGGCAGAGGCAGAAAAUUCUAAGCGAGAAGCAUUUGAAGAGUCAAUCAGGCGUAGAAAAGCUGAAAAAGAUGCAAUUGAAGCUAUUCGCAGAGCUAAAGCAUCAGAAAUUUUACAUUAUGAGGAAAUGAGAAAAAGGAAAGAAAUUGAGGAAGCAGUAGCUAGAGGAAAAGAGGAACUUGAAAUGAUGAAGCAGCAGGCAAACGAAGUCAUGGAAGAACUCCGUACUGCCCUGGAACAGAAAUCAUUACUGGAGAGCCAAAUUGCAAAUUCUAACCAGAUGGUACAGGAGUUGGAACAGAAGAUGUUUUCUGCUGUUGAGCUGUUGCAAAAUUACAAGAAAGAACGUGACCAGUUUCAGGUAGAGCGUGAUAAUGCACUGAGUGUAGCUGAGGACUUGAGAAAGAAACAAGCAGAGGAGGCCUCGAGCACAAUUGUGCCAAGGUUCUUUUCUGAAUUCUCUCUCUCUGAAAUUGAAGAAGCAACUUGCAACUUUGACCCAUCCUUGAAGGUCGGGGAAGGGGGUUAUGGAAGUAUAUAUAAAGGUUGCCUUCGUCACACUCAAGUUGCUAUAAAGAUGCUUCACCCUAAUAGCUUGCAAGGCCCCUCAGAAUUUCAGCAGGAGGUUGAUGUUUUGAGUAAGUUAAGGCAUCCGAACCUCGUCACUCUCAUAGGAGCCUGCCCAGAUGCUUGGGCCCUAAUUUACGAGUAUCUUCCUAAUGGGAGUCUUGAAGAUCGGCUCAACUGCAGGGAAAACACUCCCCCACUAUCCUGGCAAACUCGAAUACGAAUUGCCGCAGAAUUAUGUAAUGUUCUCAUCUUCCUUCAUUCAUGUAACCCCCACAGCAUAGUACAUGGAGACUUAAAACCAGCAAACAUUCUUCUUGAUGCCAACUUCGUGAGCAAACUCAGUGACUUUGGAAUCUGUCGUGUACUCUCCUGCAAUGAAAGUUCAAGCAACCACACGACAUUGUGUUGUAGAACUGAUCCAAAGGGCACCUUCGCUUACAUGGAUCCUGAAUUCCUUUCCACUGGAGAACUUACUUCAAAGUCAGAUGUCUACUCAUUUGGAAUCAUCUUGCUACGGCUAUUGACAGGGAGGCCAGCCUUGGGGAUAACAAAGGAAGUGCAGUAUGCAUUAGAUAAAGGAAAUUUGAAAAACUUGUUGGAUCCUACAGCUGGAGACUGGCCAUUUGUGCAAGCCAAACAGUUGGCUCACUUGGCAGUGAGGUGCUGUGAGAUGAACCGUAAGAGCAGGCCAGAUUUUGCCACAGAGGUGUGGAGGAUACUUGAAGCAAUGAGAGUCUCAUGUGGAGCCUCAUCGUUCCGUUUGGGGUCUGAAGAGCAUCGCGAGAUUCCAUCCUAUUUUAUCUGUCCCAUUUUUCAGGAAGUCAUGCAAGAUCCACAUGUAGCAGCGGACGGUUUCACUUACGAAGCAGAGGCAUUAAGGGGAUGGCUUGAUAGUGGCCACGACACUUCGCCCAUGACGAAUCUCAAGCUAGCACACACCAAUCUUGUCCCGAACCAUGCUCUCCGUUCUGCUAUUCAGGAGUGGCUGCCACAGCCAUGAAAUAUUAUUAUGUUCCGGUUCCAUUUUGGUGUCGUAAGUGUUGUGUAUAAUCCUUUUCUCUUCCCCUUCUCAUUCUUUACUGGAUCUUGGACAUUGUAUUAGGGUAAUACUCUUGUUCCAUGUCAUAGAUGUCAGUCCUAAGGAAAACGUCUUUCUUGCUGAGUCGGGGAGGAGCCGACACGACACAGCCCUGUUUCUUGUCGGCCCCUCCUCAACUCUGGCAAGAAUUGCAGGACUCCAGUACAAAAACACAUACCUGUUCUACAUAGUGUGAUACAAUUUUUUUGAAAUGAUAUAGUUUGUGAAGUUCCGUUCCUUUCAGAGUAAAAAAGGUUUCUUUUCUGUCUUGUUAA